AUACUUACCCAUAUCCCUAUCACUGCAGAAGCACGUAAACGUAAUUUUGAUAAUGAUUUCGUAAAACUAGUUCCCAGUUUAUUAUUCAAAUAGUUAAAACGCAACCAAUGAAUGAAAGUAGCAUCGCAGCUACCGUGACAAUUGCCCAAGGAGCUGGUCAAGUCCGAUGAGCAUAAGUAAACCGAACAAAAAUGAUGUACCUGCGCCGUUUCUUUACCCAAGAACUGUGUCCCGCCACUCAGAGCGAUCUGCUCAGUUGCCUGCAACAGGCGCCGCAACAGCUGUUUACAAGUGGGUUUGCUGGCGCCCCCGGCCUAGAGAGUCUCUCCUGGUUACACAAUCUAGCACCCUGUUUUCCACUGCGUGGCGAACAGAUUCAGGUCAUUCAUGAGCCGCAGCAUUUCUAUCAGACGCUGAUGCAGCGCAUCGGCCAGGCAAAGAAACGCAUUGUGCUCGCAAGCCUGUAUUUGGGCAACGGUCAGCUGGAGAACAGCUUUGUGCAGACGUUGCGUCACAGCUUAAAGGCGGAAUCAACGCUGCGCCUGAAUGUUCUUCUCGAUUUUAAUCGAGGCACACGUGGCGCCGCCAAUUCCAAGACGAUGCUGCUGCCCCUCGUCCGUGAAUUUGGCGAACAGGUGCAAUUCUCCUUGUAUCACACACCAGAUCUGCGGGGCAUGACCAAGAGAUUGGCCCCACCGCGCUGGAACGAACUGUUGGGACUACAACACAUGAAGGUUUAUCUGUUUGACGAUGCGUUAAUCAUUUCGGGCGCCAAUUUGUCCAAUGAUUACUUCACCAAUCGCCAGGAUCGCUACAUACUCAUCGAGGACAAACCGCUGGCAGAUUUCUACGCGCAGUUCAUUGAGCGCGUGCAGGAGUUCAGUUUGGCUGUGAGCGCUGAUGCGACGGAGGGACUUCAUCGCAAUUGGCGCAUCCUACCUUACGAGGGCACCAAGGAACAGUUCAUCAAGCUUGCCAAGGAGCGCAUAACGAAUUUUGUACAGGACGCGUAUACGCAACAGUUAAAGCUCAGGGCCGAGCAGAGCACGCAGGCGGACACGUGGGUUUUUCCUCUGCUGGAGAUGGGUCAAAUAGGUAUCCAUCAUGACAGCGUGAUCACCAAGAAGCUGCUCUCCAACUGCAUCGCUGGCUCAAGACUCAAACUCGCCACGGGCUACUUCAAUCUGACGCAGGAAUACAUGGACACCAUCACACACAAGUGCCUGGCCCAGUGCAGCAUUCUAAUGGCCCAUCCGAAUGCCAAUGGGUUUCAAGGUGCAAAAGGACCGGCCGGCGGUAUUCCCGCAGCAUAUACCCUAAUUGCGAAGAGCUUCUAUGAGAAUCUGGUGCGACGUAAGCAAAAUCAUCGUGUGAACUUCUUCGAGUAUGAGAAACCCGGCUGGACAUAUCAUGCCAAGGGUCUGUGGUAUUACUUACCCGAUGCCCGACUGCCCAAUUUGACGCUAAUCGGAUCGUCGAACUUUGGGGAGCGUUCCGUUAAUCGAGACCUCGAGACGCAAGUGUGUCUGGUCACAGCGAAUAAGAAUCUGAGUCAACGUCUCCAAGACGAGGCGGAUCGCCUUUAUGAUAUGUCAACAACUGCGGAGCGUGAGAUCGUCCAGAGGAGCGUUCCCCGUUGGGUGCAGGCUGUGGUGCGAAUAUUUCGAAAUUUCUUCUAGUUAAUCAAAUCCGAAAAAGCAUAUAGUUCAAUUUGUUAAUGUUUAGUAGGGGCCAGUUACUAUAUAUAGUGUCUAAAUACGUGUCUCGUGUUUGGAGUUGUGUUUUUCUUUGUGUGUGUAUAUUGCUGUAAACUAUUUUUUUUACUCGCAUAUACAGAAAUAAAUUACACGGUCAAUUUUA